AUGAACUGGGUUUUGAUUGCUUGUCUUCUUUAUAUCUCUCUUGUAUUUUAUUUCUCACCUGGGAUUUUAAUAGUUCCUUUACCACGUCAAGUUAUUCUUCAUGGUUGCUUUGCUAAGCAUUUGACAAAUACACCGAAAGGUUUUACAGAUACUCAUCAGUGUCCUCUAUGGAUUCGUUUAGCUACAGAUCAUGGUUUAGCAGUAUCUAUUGGAUGUAGACAGAAGUUUUUGUAUUUUCCCUACCCAUCACCUGGGCUUUGGUAUCUUAGUUUGUAUCCUGAGUGUUAUACAUCAUAUGACGCAUUUUGUGGAUUGGACCAAUCAGCGGUUAUUGAUGUUUCACUUAUUAUACGCUCAACGCCAUGUGUAAAUAAUCGUUGCCGACAAAUUGGUGAAGGUGCUUCACUUGCACCAUCUCGUCUCUUAUAUCCAAAUGAGUUUAAAGAAAAUGUUUUACGUUCUAGAGAUGGUAGUCAGCGAUGGCGUCCACCAUGGUGGUCAUAUAAUAAUAACGAUAUGGAUGAUAAUGUAUCCAGUGACAGACAAAAAAUUUCUUCGUCAGUCUAUGAAAGUCCAUUUAAACCAUCUGCAGUCAGAAAAAAUACUAAAAUACCUGGUGAAGGUGUAUGCAUAAAUCUUUUUCAAAGAGCAAUUCAUGUAUCCACAUGUGCAUGUCCUAUUGGUUAUGGUGGAUUAGGAUGUAUGCCUCUACCAAUAAAAUAUUUUCAAACAUUUGGUCUUGAUCCACAAAGGCAAAUACUAUCAUAUGAUGCACUCAUCUUGUCUUUAUCUAACUUUGGUUUUGUUCCAGCUAUUCUAUUAUCUGUUAUACACCGACUAUGGAUACCAGCAUUAGUAUAUGGAUAUACGUUUCUUUUUUCUACAGUAGGUUUGCUUUUUUUGUCGUUCUUUUUUGGGUGUAUAAGUAUAAAUGUAUUGUAUUUUGGUGUGUUUCCAACGUAACUGAUAUAUUGAAAUCGGUAACCACAUAAAUGUUCAUGAUUUGUUCACUAAGGGUAUGUAAUACUAUCUGGCUUUUCAAUCCUUAUUAGGUGGAGGGAGGUUUGAAACCUUGACAUACUGGUAAAAUAUAUAACAAAGC